AUGGUUCUCGACAAUGAUAUGCGUGGGUGGAUCAUGACCGCGGUCAGCGGCAUAGCAUGCACAUUUGGAGCUUCGAUAAUAUGCGUUGAUCUCAUUGUUCGCUAUUUUCCGGGCAAGAAGAACUUCAAGAUUGAAGAAAGUAAUGCGUUCUUGUCGACAGGGUUGAGUCUUUCCUUUGGUGUCAUGAUAUUCUCAUCGCUAUACAGCAUGCUUCCCUCGGCAAAAAACUAUUUGAAGAAGGGAGGCAUGUCUCCAAGAAACGCGAUAUUGACAUUGGUCGGCUGCUUCCUUAUUGGCGCUCUCGGCAUCUCAACAAGUACAGCGAUUGCCCUGCACAAGAUUCCCGAAGGCUUCAUCACGUACGCUACAAAUCACGCCAACCCAACUUUGGGCUUCUCCAUCUUCCUCGCACUAUUCAUCCACAACAUUACUGAAGGGUUUGCCCUCGCUUUGCCUCUUUAUCUUGCCAUCGGCUCACGCUGGAAAGCUAUGCUGAUCUCGGCGGUUCUGGGAGGUGUCAGUCAGCCCCUAGGCGCAGGUGUAGCAGCACUAUGGUUCAAGAUUCAAGGUAGAGGACGGCAACACGGUGCGGACGAAGAAAUGGACACUAUUUACGGAUGCAUGUUUGCUGUUACAGCAGGUAUCAUGGCUAUGGUAUCACUGCAGCUUUUGGGAGAGAGUCUGGAUCUGACGAACUCCCGGCGGCUGUGUUUUGUUUCUGCAUUUGCGGGUAUGGGUAUCUUGGGGUUAAGCAGUGCGCUUACAGCAUGA